AAGUGUGUAUUUCUUUCUAUAGAGACAAACUUCUUAGUAUUCAAUAUCAACACUUUUCGAGACCAAUUUAACCAUUCACUACGUCCGCGAUAAUCCAUCACCACCACAAGGCUCCAAUCAAGCCACGAAAAACUGUUUUGUCUGAACAGAAAUGGACAAGCUGAACCUAGCUCAACUCGGCGAGAGGUUGAAGACGGGUGGGGCCCAGAUGGGUCGGAUCGUGUCCGGCAAGGUGAAGGAUCUCCUCGCCGCGCCGACGCCGGAAUCCAAGAUGGUCGACGAAGCCACGCUGGAGACGCUGGAGGAGCCGAAUUGGGGCAUGAAUCUGAGGAUAUGCGGGAUGAUCAACAGCGACGAGUUCAACGGUUCGGAGGUGGUGAAGGCAAUCAAGAGGAAGAUCAAUCACAAGAGCCCUGUUGUUCAGAGACUCAGUCUUGAUUUGCUGGAAACGUGUGCUAUGAACUGUGAGAAGGUGUUCUCUGAAGUGGCUUCUGAGAAGCUUCUUGAGGACAUGGUUCGGUUGAUUGAUAACGUGGAAGCGUAUCAUGAGAAUCGGAGAAGGGCUUUUCAGUUGGUUAAGGCUUGGGGUGAGUCUGAGGAUCUUGCUUAUCUUCCUGUGUUUCGUCAAACUUAUAUGAGUUUGAACGGAAGAGGUGAACCACUUGACAUGGGAGGAGGAAAUUCAGCAGCUGUUCCGUAUUCCUUGGAGUCAUAUACACAUCAAGACCCUUUAGAUCCCCCUGAAAGAUACCCGAUUCCUGAAGCAGGACUGCAUGCUCUGGAUGGCUCUGCAGCAUUCUCUUCUAACCACCUACCCGUAUCAGUUGAAGAGAAGAAAGAGCAUCUCGUGGUUGCUCGAAACAGUCUUGAGUUGCUCUCUAGCAUAUUAAAUUCUGAGGCAGAGCCAAAACCUUUGAAGGAAGAUUUAGCUUUGAGCUUGUUGGAUAAGUGCAAGCAAUCACUCUCUGUCAUCAAGGAGAUUGUGGAAAGCACUACAAAUGAUGAAGUGACACUUUUUGAGGCUUUGUAUCUUAAUGAUGAACUGCAACAGGUAGUUUCCAAUUAUGAGGAGUUGGAAGCUGCUCAAGGAUCUGGGGCACAACAACCUCCAAAUGCUGACCCUGCCAAGCAUGAUGCGGAAGCUGUUCAAAACCCUAAUGAGAGACCUGAAAGAUUUGAAGGUGGUGAAUCUGAAGCUCAGAAUCCAAAGCUGCCACUGAAGUCUGACACUCCUGAAGUCAAUGCAACCGAUGGGGAUGGUCAUGAUGAAGCCAAAAUAGUGGAUAGCACAAAAGAGAAGAAUGAAGAAUCUAGCCUAAAGAGAAAUACCGAAUAAGGAAAGCACGGGUGGCAUGUUUCUUCUAGCUAGCAUUAUGUUUUGUCCUUGUCCAUAUCUUGUAAUAACUAAUGUAGUUCCUUCUGCGAGGGUGAUUACAUUCUCCGAAUGUGUAGUUUGCAGGAGUUUUAUCCUGAGGAUUAUGAUAUUCAAUCCUUCUAUGAUUUCAUGCUAGUUCCUUAUGUUGUUAA